AGUUGUCAGUGUGGCUAACAGUUGGGACGAAUGAAAGAAGAUGCUUGUGUUUGUAUAGCGCUGCCAAGGAGUCGUUAAACAUGUCUCUGAAUGGAGGAGGUAGCAGAGGGUUUUACUUCAACACCGUCUUGUCUUUGGCUCGGUCUCUGGCAGCUCACCGGCAGGCUCCAAUCGAAAAGGUCCAGAAGCUACAAUGUAUGUGCCCCGUGGACUUCAGAGGAGUCUUUCAGCUGGACGAAAGGAGGAGAGAUGCUGUAAUCGCUCUGGGUAUUUUUCUAGUAGAGUCAAACCUGCAGCACAAAGAUGCUAUUGUCCCGUACCUUCUUGGCCUGCUUAAAGGGCUUCCUAAAGUACAGUGGAUUGAAGAAAGCUCAGAGCGCAAAGGAAGAGAAACCCUUCCGGUUGCAGAGAACUUCAGUUUUUGUCUUGUAACGUUACUCUCAGAUGUCGCCCAGUGUGAUGAGACCGUACGAGGACAGAUCCUGGAGGCGAUCAUGGACAUCAUGCAGGUCCUGCUAGACAUCUGCAAAAGUCCAGAGGGUCAUGAUAAAGAAUACCUGUGCAGGUACACCGUACCCACCCUGCUGGGUGUUGCCCGAGCAUUUGGUCGAUACAGCAACACUGAUGAGUCGUUACUUUCUAAGCUGUUCCCUCGGCCAGUUGCUCCAGUGCCGUCUUCAGGUGACGAUGGCGAUGCUGUCCGCCGACGAUCCUUCAAUGACUUUCGUUCCAUCCUGCCGAGUUCUUUGCUCACGGUGUGUCAGGGAGACACUCUGAAACGUAAAGGUUCCUCCGUGUCCAGUGUGUCCCAGCAGGCCAGUCCAGAGAGAGCAGGUCUGACGCCCAGCUCCCCUGCUGAUCCAUCUGCACAGUAUUUUGAGGGCUCAUACCUCCCUGAUGGCAGUGCUGUGGACCCUGACUACUACUUCUCCACCAUAAGCUCCAGCUUCUCUGUCUCCCCUCUUUUCACUGGAAGCAGCUCUGGAGAGUUUCAUGUCCCUCUGGAUAUGCUCAGACAGCUCCUUCACAUGGUUGAACAAUUUGUUUCUGAGUCGUUCUUGAAAUCACUUGACGACACUUUGGCAGAACUUGUAGAGAUGAAUCCUGGUAUUCACCUCUACUACAAAACCUUCAGUGAUCCUCUAUAUGUCGCCAUUUUUAAAAUGCUGAGAGACACCUUGUACAAUCUGAAGGACCUUCAGACAGACUAUGUGAAGGAGGUGCAUGACUUUGUCCUGGAGCAGUUCAGCAGCAGCCAGUCAGAGCUGCAGAGGAUCCUCCAUGAUGUAGAGUACCUGCAGAGUGAACUGAGUCCACUCAAGCUGCGCUGUCAGGCCAAUGCUGCCUGUGUGGACCUCAUGGUGUGGGCUGUCACUGAGGAGCAGGGAGCUGAGAAUCUUUGUACCAAACUGUCGGAGAAGUUGCAGUCGAAAACAUCCAGUAAAGUCAUCAUCGCCCACAUGCCGCUUCUCAUCUGCUGCUUACAGGGUUUAGGUCGUCUGUGUGAGCGCUUUCCUGUGGUGGCCCACUCUGUCACAAUGUCGCUGAGAGACUUCUUGGUGGUGCCGUCUCCUGUUCUGGUGAAGCUGUACAAAUAUCACAGCCAAUACACUCCAGGAGGUGGUGAGAUAAAGAUCCAUGUGACCAACGAACAUUCUCAGUCAACCCUCAGCACACAUUCAAGCAAGAAGAGCCAGCCGUCCAUGUAUGAACAGCUGCGGGACAUCUCCAUCGAUAACAUCUGCAGGUGCCUGAAAGCCGGCCUCACUAUGGACAAUGUCAUUGUGGAAGCUUUUCUCGCCAGUCUGUCUAAUCGUCUCUACAUCUAUCAGGAAAAUGACAAGGACGCUCACCUGAUCCCAGACCACACCAUCAGGGCUUUGGGUCACAUUGCUGUGGCCUUACGGGACACUCCCAGAGUCAUGGAGCCAAUCCUGCAGAUUCUGCAACAGAAGUUCUGCCAGCCUCCUUCACAGCUCGAUGUUCUCAUCAUAGACCAGCUCGGCUGCAUGGUGAUCACAGGCAAUCAAUACAUCUACCAGGAGGUGUGGAAUUUGUUCCAGCAGAUCAGUGUCAAAGCGAGCUCCAUGGUUUACUCCACCAAAGACUACAAAGACCACGGAUACAGACACUGUUCCUUGGCUGUGAUAAAUGCACUGGGUAAUAUAGCUGCCAACCUUCAGGCCGAGCACAUGGUCGAUGAGCUGCUGGUCAACCUGCUGGAGCUUUUUGUCCAACUGGGCUUAGAGGGGAAGAGAGCCAGUGAGAGGGCCUCAGACAAAGGCCCAGCUCUAAAGGCGUCAAGCAGUGCUGGAAACCUUGGUGUCCUAAUUCCAGUUAUUGCAGUGCUGACUAAGAGGUUGCCACCAAUUAAAGAAGCAAAGCCACGUCUGCAGAAACUCUUCAGGGACUUCUGGCUCUACUCUGUGGUCAUGGGAUUUGCUGUGGAGGGUUCAGGUCUGUGGCCAGAAGAGUGGUAUGAAGGAGUUUGUGAGAUAGCGACCAAAUCACCACUGCUCACGUUCCCCAGUGGAGAGCCUUUACGCUCAGAGCUGCAGUAUAACUCUGCCCUGAAGAAUGACACCGUCACUCCGGCAGAGCUGAAUGAUCUGCGUAGCACCAUCAUCAACCUGCUGGAUCCUCCUCCUGAGGUGGCUGCUCUCAUCAACAAGCUGGACUUUGCCAUGUCCACAUACUUGCUGUCUGUUUACAGACUGGAGUACAUGAGGAUGCUGCACUCUCUGGACUCUGACCGCUUUCAGGUCAUGUUUCGAUACUUUGAAGACAGAGCAAUACAGAAGGAUAAAUCUGGCAUGAUGCAGUGUGUGAUUGCGGUUAGCGACAAGGUUUUUGAGGUCUUCCUGCAAAUGAUGGCUGAAAAACCAAAAACCAAAGCCCAUGAGGAGGAGCUGGAACGUCACGCUCAGUUCCUGCUGGUCAACUUCAACCACAUCCACAAGAGGAUCCGCAGAGUGGCUGACAAAUAUCUGUCUGGCCUGGCUGAGACCUUCCCCCACUUGUUGUGGAGCGGCCGUGUGCUGAAGACCAUGUUGGACAUCCUGCAGACACUCUCACUUUCACUCAGCGCAGACAUUCAUAAAGACCAGCCUUAUUACGACAUCCCAGAUACACCAUACAGAAUCACUGUCCCCGAUACGUAUGAAGCCAGAGAGAGCAUAGUAAAAGAUUUUGCUGCACGGUGUGGAGAGAUCCUUAAAGAGGCAAUGAAGUGGGCUCCAUCUGUGACCAAAUCCCACCUACAGGAGUAUUUGAACAAGCAUCAGAACUGGGUGUCAGGUCUUUCCCAGCAUACAGGCCUGGCCAUGGCCACAGAAAGCAUCCUUCACUUUGCUGGUUACAACAGACAGAGCACCACACUGGGGUCCACUCAACUGACUGAGAGGCCAGCCUGUGUGAAGAAGGACUACUCCAAUUUCAUGGCCUCCCUCAACCUCAGAAACAGAUAUGCUGGAGAGGUAUCAGGUAUGAUCCACUUUGCCCAGGCGGUCCGGGGACAGUCCGAUCUAAACCGGCUAAUGAUCAAGCAGAUGGGAGAGGCGUUAGACUCUGCACAGCCUGAGGCUUUCACUGAGGCCAUGUUCAAAUUGGCUGCCUUGCUCAUCAGCACCAAAGAGUGUGAUCCUCAGCUUCUGCACCACCUCUGCUGGUCUCCUCUCAAGAUGUUUACAGAGCACGGCAUGGAGACUGCUAUCGCUUGCUGGGAGUGGCUGCUGGCAGCACGUGUAGGAGUGGAAGUACCGUUCAUGCGAGAGAUGGCAGGAGCGUGGCAGAUGACGGUAGAGCUGAAGAUGGGCUUGUUCUCAGACGCUCAGGUGGAGGCUGAUCCUCUGGCUGCUUCAGAGGAAAGUCAGCCGAUCCCCUGCCCUCCAAAUGUCACUCCUCACCACAUCUGGAUCGAGUUUCUAGUUCAGAGGUUUGAGAUAGCAAAGUAUUCCAGUGCAGAUCAAGUGGAGAUCUUUGGCAGUUUGAUGCAGCGCUCGCUGUCUCUGAAUGUCGGCGGAGCUAAGAGCAGCCUCAACCGCCACGUAGCAGCCAUCGGACCUCGUUUCAGGCUGCUAACUCUGGGUCUGGCUCUGCUCCACUCUGAUGUCGUCACCAAUGCAACUGUAAGAAAUGUGCUGCGGGAGAAGAUCUAUUCUACAGCUUUUGAUUACUUCAGUGUGUCUCCAAAGUUUCCCACCCAGGGUGACAAGCGUCUCCGCGAGGACAUCAGCAUCAUGAUCCGUUUCUACGCCAGCAUCCUGUCUGACAAGAAAUACCUGGCAGCGUGCCACCUGGUCCCACCCGGUGAGCUUGGUACUACCCCAGCCCCGAGCACACUCUCUGCUGGGAUAUUUGGAUCGCUUAUCGUGUCCAGCACUUCUCCGAUAUCUAUCUUAAAUAAUCAGGACGCAUCUUUGAAUAGUCUGUCAGUGAUGAACGCUGCUGACCUCAGGAGCAACAUGGACUCCAGCGCUCGCUCCCAGCAGAGCAGCCAGGGAUGGAUCAAUACCUACCCUCUGUCGAGUGGCAUGUCCACUGCAUCCAAGAAAUCAGGUAGCACAUCCAAGAAGAGUAACAGAGGGACACAGCUUCACAAAUACUAUAUGAAACGCAGGACUCUGCUGCUGGCACUGCUGGCCAGUGAGAUUGAGCGGCUGACAACGUGGUACAACCCACUCUCCACUCAGGAGCUGGCCAUCGCCACAGAGCAGUCAGUGGAGACCAGUAUCGCCAACUGGAGGUCCAAGUACAUCAGUCUGACUGAGAAACAGUGGAAGGACAACGUCAAUCUGGCAUGGAGCAUCGCACCUUACCUGGCUAUGCAGCUACCAACUAGGUUUAAGAAUGAUGCCAUCGUAGCUGAAGUGACCCGACUGGUGAGACUGGACCCUGGAGCAGUCAGCGAUGUACCUGAAGCUGUCAAAUUCCUGGUCACAUGGCACACUAUCGAUGCUGACUCUCCUGAGCUGAGCCACAUCUUGUGUUGGGCUCCAGCCGACCCGCCCACCGGUCUGUCCUACUUCAGCAGCAUGUACCCUCCUCAUCCUCUCACCGCUCAGUACGGAGUUAAAGUGCUUCGCUCCUUCCCUCCAGAUGCCAUCUUGUUCUACAUUCCUCAGAUUGUACAGGCUCUCCGUUACGAUAAGAUGGGUUACGUUAGAGAGUACAUCUUGUGGGCCGCCCAGAAAUCACAGCUUCUCGCCCAUCAGUUUAUCUGGAACAUGAAGACCAACAUCUUCAUGGAUGAGGAGGGACACCAGAAAGACCCUGACAUCGGGGAGUUGUUGGAGCAGAUGGUGGAGGAAAUCACCGGUUCUCUGUCAGGUCCGGCCAAAGAUUUCUAUCAGAGAGAGUUUGACUUCUUCAACAAGAUAACCAAUGUGUCCGCCAUCAUCAAGCCAGUUCCAAAAGGAGAGGAAAGAAAAAGAGCCUGCCUCAAAGCUCUGUCAGAUAUCAAAGUGCAGCCAGGCUGUUACCUUCCCAGUAAUCCUGAAGCCAUAGUGCUCGACAUUGACUACAAGUCCGGAACGCCCAUGCAGAGUGCUGCCAAGGCACCCUACCUGGCCAAAUUCAAGGUGAAGCGCUGUGGGGUGAGCGAGCUGGAGAGGGAGGGUCUCCGCUGCCCCUCUGACUCUCUGGAGGAUGGAGAGGAGAAUCCAGAUGGAUCACGCAGAGUCUGCUGGCAGGCAGCCAUCUUUAAAGUGGGAGAUGACUGCAGACAGGAUAUGCUUGCUCUCCAGAUCAUUGGACUUUUUAAGAACAUCUUUCAGCUGGUUGGUCUGGAUCUGUUUGUCUUCCCCUACAGAGUGGUGGCCACUGCACCAGGGUGCGGCGUGAUCGAGUGCAUCCCAGACUGCAAGUCUCGAGACCAGCUUGGCAGACAAACGGACUUUGGCAUGUAUGAUUACUUCCGUAACCAGUACGGCGACGAAUCCACCCUGGCCUUCCAGAAGGCUCGGUAUAACUUCAUCCGCAGUAUGGCUGCCUACAGCCUCCUGCUGUUCCUGCUGCAGAUCAAAGACAGACACAACGGCAACAUCAUGCUGGACAGCAAGGGCCACCUCAUCCAUAUAGAUUUCGGCUUCAUGUUCGAGAGCUCUCCUGGUGGUAACCUGGGCUGGGAGCCAGACAUCAAGCUGACAGACGAGAUGGUGAUGAUCAUGGGAGGCAAGAUGGAGGCUACGCCUUUCAAAUGGUUCAUGGAGAUGUGUGUCAGAGGAUAUCUGGCUGUACGACCCUACAUGGAUGCAGUGGUGUCUCUUGUGACUCUCAUGCUGGACACUGGCCUGCCCUGUUUCAGAGGACAAACCAUAAAACUCCUCAAAGGACGUUUUAAUCCACAAAUGAGUGAGAAAGAAGCAGCAGCUUUCAUCAUCAAAGUCAUCCAAAGCUGUUUCCUCAGUAGCAGGAGCAAAACGUACGACAUGCUACAGUAUUACCAGAAUCAGAUUCCCUACUGAAGAUCUUGUGCUGUACAUCCAACGCAAACAUGAGGCAUGAGGUGAUGGAUGCACCUCAGCAGCCUGUCCUGACAGUCAGGCAACAGCGGGGCACUUUAAUGCUAAUUCUCCACUUUUAUUCCGCUUACUGUAAGUUUUUAUAAUGUACACCUGUAGUAUUUCGUCAUUUCACGUGGCAGUUACAAAAUGUUAUCUGACUUAUACCAAAAGUGGUAUCUGAAUCACCCUUUAAGUAUUUCCUCAAUGCUGUUAUUUAUUCCUCAGCAAACACUAAGUAAAGUGUCACACUAGAGGAGGAUGGGCAUAAAGGGAGCCAUAUUUACAGUGUUUGUCAGAGCACUUCUUAUCAUUGUUAUCAUUUGUUGCUAUGCUGUUAUCCACUUUGAAGCACUUUAUAGAUCGCAGUAUUUCAUCGGCUUCACCUGCCUACGAUCAAACAGUUACACAGAGAUUAAACGUCACAUAUAGAGAUUAAAACAAUCUGCAGUUUAAUCAUCUGAUCAAUUGAUUUUCAGUAUUUUUGAUUUGCAAAUAUAGAUGUUGUCAAAUAGAUCAAAAAUCAAUGCAGGAAUCAAUCAGCAUUUAAUCUAACAAAAGUAUUUAGAAAUGUAAACGUAUUUAGAGAAUCAAAGGUCGUUAUACUGUAGUCUGUACUGUAGAGUUAUUCAUGUAGAUUUAGAUCACAGGUGUUUUUUCUGUGAGUUACAUGUGAAAAAACAUUUAUCAGAAGACUUUAAAAACCUUUAAUUGUGCUAAUAUGAUACUUAUCCUCAUGUCACACCUCUUCGUGUCAGUCUUUAGGUGAAAUCUGUUAUGUGGAGGCAUUUUUCCACAACACGAACUUAAUCUGAACUUUUUAAACUUUUCUUUCCACUGUUUUACUAACCUGAAUGUGUUGGAUGUUCGAUAAAGACAAAAUAGACCAAAAAAAGGCACUUUUAUGCAUUGAGUGCAGCUGUGGAACAGACAACAAUGAAAAUGGUGGGUCUAACAUGUCACAGAGCAAAGCUGUUAGUUUUCUGAGGAGUAAACUACCAGAAAUUUGUUUAGUAACAGUUAUUUCAAGAAUCAUCAAAGAUUCUUCUGCUCAGAUACACUAUCGUUCAAAAGUUUGGGUUCACUAUAAAAUGUAAUUAUUUUUGAAAGAAAAGCAAUUUUUUUCAAUGAAUAUAACAUUAAAUGAAUCAGAAAUCCAAUCUAGACAUUGUUAAUGUGGUAAAUGACUAUUCUAGCUGGAAACAGCUGAUUUUUAAUGGAAUAUCUCCAUAGGGGUACAGAGGAACAUUUCCAGCAACCAUCACUCCUGUGUUCUAAUGCUACAUUGUGUUAGCUAAUGGUGUUGAAAGGCUCAUUGAUGAUUAGAAAACCCUUGUGCAGUUAUGUUAGCACAUGAAUAAAAGUGUGAGUUUUCAUGGAAAACAUGGAAUUGUCUGGGUGACCCCAAACUUUUGAACGGUAGUGUAGAUGAAAAAUACUCUUAUGUCUACUAGACAAUAGAAAAUAUUUUUAACCUGUUGUAGCUGGAACACUACAAAACUUCCUUGUCUAAUUUAUUGCCACACCUAAAAGCAUGCUUACACUUAGAAACAAUCAAAUAUGGCUGUCAGUGCAGUUGGUGAGUUUUACUUGAUAAGAUGUCUUAUAAUGAGAUCAAACGCAGAAAUUUAAAGCAAUUUGGUAAAGUCCAUUCAUCCAUUAUCUAUACACUACUUCGUGUUGCGGGAGGCUGGAGUCUAUCCCAGCUGACUUAGGGUGACUUAGGGACACCCUGGACAGGUCACCAGUUUAUCACAGGGAUACACAUAGAGACAAACAAUCACACUCGCAUUCACACCUACGGACAAUUUAGAGUUACGGCUUAACCUCAGCAUGUUUUUGGGAGGAAGCUGGAGAAAACUUGUGCAUGCACAGGGAGAACAUGCAAACUCCAUGCAGAAAGAUCCCAGGCCGGGAUGCGAACCAGUGAUCUUUUUGCCGCAAGGCGACAGUGCUAACCACUAACCACCAACCCAAUUUGGUAAAGUCUACUUAUGCAGCACUAGAUAAUCUAUUCAUAUGAAAAACAACUAGAUUCAAUCUUGGUUAGAUCUACAGUUUUGGCAGUAAAUUAAUAUGUAACCAAACUUCUAAUUCCUAUUGUGCCAGUUGUGUAAGAACAUAUGCCGUGUCUGGCUGGUUUGCACUUGCUUUAAAAGCCCUCCUGGACUAUUGGAUUACAUCUAAUCACAUUUUAAAAACAGAGGCAGACCUCAGUACACUGCAUUCACAAAAAACAAAAAUGGAGACCUUACUGUAAUUAUGAUUUAACCAUCAUAUAAUUACAUUUGCAUUGUUAACUUGAACUUGGUGUAAUUUCUCAGUUAUGACUGCUUGAGAACCAGAAGCAAUGGUUCUACCUGACUUCACGUAGCUGCAACAUGUUCUGUUUUUAGUUUUUGCCUAUAUUUGUUUACAUUUUGGAAAUACAGUAUGAUGUAUUUAACAGUUACUCUAACUGCUGUGUAUUUUCGGAUGUACUAUCACUGAAGUACUGUGAUGCUGAAGAUAUUUUGAAAAUCUAAUGAUUCUCAGGCAACGUCUAGAGUAUUCAAGUUCCUUUUUUAGUCUGUUGUACUUUAUCUUGUAAUUAUGAAUUUGUUUACUAAUAAGUGAGGUUAAGGUCUUAUUAUUUUUCUUUUGUGAAUGCAGUGCAAUUCCAUAACAACUUGGGUAACAGGUCAAAACUAUUUCUUUGUCAUGCUGUAGGUGGACAUGUUUAAUAGGGAUUCUAAAAACACUGUUUUAAACAACCUUCUGGUUCUGACUGUCUCUGCUCUGUACCAUUAAAUCAGCCCACUGGUUGAAAUCCUUCCUACAUCAUCCAGAAUCUGGUGGAGAACAGAGCAAUAAUUUAAGAUUCUUACAUUUUUGUCAAGAGAAAUGGUAUAGCAUAUAGAUUUUGGUGAAACUAGUGGAGAAAUUAGCUAGCUACAAUGAUGUUACAGGGGAAUGUAAAUAAAUAAUGAAACACACAUGCCAAAUACUUUCUGAUUGCUACCUAAACUCACAGCCUAAUUUAACUAGCUGCUAUGUUGACACUGUUUCCCUUCGUCCUCCUGACAGAACUUAGAUUUAAUAUAAAAAGCUAAACAGCACUACACCCAAAAUGUGUUUGUGGUUGGAGAACAGUGGAAAAAAACAGCUGGUUCUUGCAGUGGUAAAGGUCUGAAUGCAGCACACAUUCUGGACUCAGUGACUACAUGAGUUUGUUUUGUUUGUUUUUCCUUCUCAUGUUCUUUUGACUUUUUCUCUUUACCUCAUUCUUUUUUUCUUUGUCUCUUCCAUGCUUUUUCUUUCUCCUUAUUUCUUUUUCAUUUCCCUCUUUAUCUCAGUUGUGUUCCUCUCUUUGCUUCCUUUCUUUUUUCUCUUUACUUCUUCCUUUCUUUCGUAUUUUUUCUAUAUUAUGUUUUAAUUUCAGUUCUUAAUUUCUUUUCCCCCUCAUGUCUUUUUUGCUUGUUUUUUUUCUAAUAAAUGCCUGAAUAUAGGCUGGUCCAGGAUUCAUUGGCUAUUGGAAAUGUAAUUGUCCAGACUAAUGAAGUGUAUCACAGUACAUGUCUGCAGAACCCUGUUUGGAAACAUUCCUCUUACUAUCGUCAUUAUUAGUCCUUUGCAUCAGAUGGAACCUCUCGUGUUACCAAUGCAGAUGAUGAUUAUACCUAAAAAGCCAUUUCUCCUACCCUUGGUAGAAACACAACUAUAGUAAUACUUGACAAAAAUAACUAACUUUAUGCAAUAUAUCCAUGUAUAUCGAUGCUAUAUCUGUGUGUUGUGUUUAACAAACGAUGUUGCUACCAUUCCUUCAAUCCCAGUCCUCAUAUGAGAAAUGCUGCAGCGAUGUCUUCCUGUUGUUAUUGUGCAUCACUGAGUCGUAAACCUAAAGUCUUUCAAGUUCAAUGGAUGUAAAUGAGUCUGGAAAAUGAGGAGCUGUAAUGAUCAGAAAGCCAUUUUUAAUGUGGUGGUUUUCAUUCAGUUGCUGUAAUUUAAAUAUAAUAAUCAUCCCUCAUGUCUGUUGUUAUCUGUGAACCACAAAUGUUGUUCAAUCUGUGUGUGUAUGUGUGUGUUCGUAUGGCUAUCUCUGAGGACCAGUUUCAAACAUUUGGGGGAAACAAGGACGUUUUGUCUGGUUCUCACUGCUUGAGUGACCUUUAAAGGGCUGUUUAGGGUUCAGACAUGGUUUUAAGUUAAGGUGAAGAUAUCAGUUAAUGUCCUCAUAAAGAUAUCCAUAUAAAUGUGUGUCUAUUUGCUCAGUUUGUGGGAACGUUGUUUCACUGAUGAAAAUCUGUUUUUCUGAUAAUGUGUGGAAACUCUCAUUUCCAGAUUAAAUGUGAACAUUUCACCAGAA